GCCAAAUCCGACUAUGUUUAGCAUCAACGGCCCCAGUGGUCCGACGAACCGCAACGAGCGGGCGCCACGACCGCCCGGCAGCGAGAAGCGCAAAGGGCAUGCGCCUCGCCGGCCAACGACGGUCCCGAGCUCCGGCCAUCCAACGCUGAGCGCCAUCUUUCAAGGAUGCAACUUGUACUUUGACGGACGCACCGGCAACGUCUCGUCAUACUACAUGACCAAGAUGGUCAAAGAGCAUGGCGCCAGCGUCUCCAUCAUGCACCGCAAGACGCGCGUGACCCAUAUCGUAGCCGAGAACCUCAACGGCUCCAAGACCGAGGCCCUCCUCAAGUCGAGGGGGAAGAUUCUGUGCGUGCACCCGAAUUGGGUCCUUGACAGCAUCAAGAAGGGGAAGCGCCAGCCCGAGUUCAAGUAUGCCAUCUACAAGGACGCUGCGGCCGCCUCGAGUAUUCAAACCUUUUUCCAGCCACCGACAACGACGACGUAAUCACAGCCC